CUGUGAGCCAGGGAAGGACAGACUGACGACAGAGGAGUGUGCUGCACCAGGCCUUCAUCAGCUGUCCUGAAUUCCCUCUACGAGCUGCUAUCAUGGCCAGAAAUCUCCUCAAAAAUCCCAGUGGGGAAGAGCAGCUGGAAUUCUGGGAGCUGACGGAGAACGGGGGGAGUCAGUGGAAGGUGGAGGACAUGCCCGGAGACUGCGGCUUCGACUUCUGCAGCGACGGAGUCACCAAAUACUUCGUGACCUCAUUUGAGCUGUGUCUGAAGCGGCAGGUCAUCGACCUGCUGGCGGAGGGCUACUCCCCUGAGCAGCUGGACGCCUCGCCCGUGGUCGCCGUGGAGGACUGGUACUGCGGCAGGACGGACUGCGGCUGCACCUACCAGAUGACCGUCUGCCUGCUGGACGAGAACCAGGAGGUCAUCCAGGAGUUCAAACCCGAGCCGGUGACCCUGGACCCCGACACCGACGACUGCUCCUGGAAGCAGGUCAGCCACACCUUCUCGGACUACGGCCCCGGCAUGCGCUUCAUCUGCUUCGAACACGGAGGGCAGGACACCAAGUUCUGGGACGGCUGGUUCGGGGUCCGGGUCACUGGGAGCUCCGUGACCAUCGAGGUCUGAAGAGGACCGGGAGGAGGAAA